CAUAUUUCGUUGCAUUGCUGUCUUUUUAAUGUUUUUUAGUCUAUUUUUAUGUAAAACGAAAGUGUGAAAAUGCAAGGCGCAUAGAUGUGCACUCGAGAAUUAAAUAAAUAAUUGAGCUGUGCACUUAAGUGUGACCACCUAUAAAGUGUGCGGCGAGCGGUUAUGGUGUAGUAUAUGUUUUGCCAGUAGUUUUCGCUGCGAAAAUAUUUUCGGCGCCCCCUUUUGAGCGACGUGUAUUUGGGGCGCGGCGCCCACCUGAAAAGAAGAAAACGACGUCAAUAAAGCGACGUUCAUAAUAAAACUGCUAUCGGAUUUAGCGCCAGGCAUACACAAUGGCAGAAAGGCCCAAAAAUUUGUUUGCAACUGGGCCUAGCCGUUCCCGUAUACCGCCUGACCAGCUUAAUCUGAACCAGUUGAGCAUACGCCAUCCGCCUUCGUCAACGUCGUCUACGUCGUCGGGUUCUACGUCGUCUGGCUCCAGUUCCUCGUCGCAGCAAAAUAAUGUGGCUAUGCGGUUUAGCAGCCAGCCCAGCUUUGGGCCAGCGGCGCCGGUACCAAGCUGCAGCAGCCACAGCAACAGCACUAGCAGCACCAGCGGCAUUGGUAGCAGCACUGCCACAGAUCGUCACCGGGAGCGGAUUAGGCAGCAGGCCUGCGGCAAGCUACAGUUUGGCGAAGGUGCCGCUAAUACGCAUCAAUUCACAUCGGAUGAUCUAGAGGAUUUGGGAGAGAUUGGACGCGGCGCAUUUGGUGCUGUAAAUAAAAUGGUAUUCAAAAAACUGGACAAGGUAAUGGCUGUGAAGCGCAUACGGUCUACGGUAGAUGAAAAGGAGCAGAAACAGCUACUCAUGGACUUGGAGGUGGUUAUGAAGUCAAAUGAAUGCAUCUACAUAGUGCAAUUCUAUGGGGCACUCUUCAAGGAGGGCGACUGCUGGAUAUGCAUGGAGUUAAUGGACACAUCGUUGGAUAAGUUCUACAAGUAUAUAUUCGAGAAGAAGCAGCGACAUAUACCUGAAUCCAUAUUGGCCAAGAUCACGGUGGCCACAGUCAAUGCCCUAAACUAUUUAAAGGAGGAGCUCAAGAUAAUACAUCGUGAUGUUAAGCCGAGCAAUAUUCUGUUGCAUCGUCGGGGCGAUAUUAAACUGUGUGAUUUUGGCAUCUCUGGGCAGCUAGUCGAUUCGAUAGCCAAGACCAAGGACGCGGGCUGCAGGCCGUACAUGGCGCCGGAACGCAUUGAUCCGGAGCGGGCCAAGGGCUACGAUGUGCGAAGCGAUGUUUGGUCUCUGGGUAUAACAUUAAUGGAGGUGGCCACAGGCAAUUUCCCCUAUCGUAAGUGGGAUUCUGUGUUUGAGCAGUUGUGUCAGGUUGUGCAGGGUGAUCCGCCGCGUUUGCAUACAUCCUACAAUGGCAUGGAAUUCUCAAUGGAGUUUGUAGAGUUCGUUAACACUUGCCUAAUCAAGAAGGAGAGCGACAGACCCAAAUAUAGCCGACUGCUGCAGAUGCCAUUCAUACGGAGAGGCGAGAAUAGCCACACUGACGUCGCCGCCUAUGUGGCUGAUGUUCUCGAGUCAAUGGAAAGCGAUGGCAUUACGCAGUUUACAACCAACCAGCCCGCGGAAAGUUAAUCUGAAGCGAGUUAAACUAAAGUCAUAAAUUAACUAAGCAAAAACCAGUAGCAACAAAGGCAAAUUAUUAAAACUAAAGCAAACGCAAAAGAAAACCCAAAAAAAAAAAAAAAAAAAAAAAAUACAAAUAUUGUUGUCUACUUUGUAGCAUUCGUAGUAAACGUAGCGCAUAUUUUGUUAAAGUCAAAACAAAAACAACAGCGUGUAA